AUAGUAUAUAUAUAGUUAUUGAUUUAUUUAAAGCUAUUUUCACGUUUAUAAAUAUAUCUUGCGAUAAAAUUAUUUUAUACUCUUGCGCAUUGCACAGUUCCACUUCAGGUGGAAGUUUGCAGCUAUAUUAUUACAUAUUUAUUUAAUGUGGAAAAUAGUUAAAUGUACUUAAUACACAUAUAAACUAAGUAAAUCGAUGCUGUCUAUUUAAUUACGAAGAGAUAUUAUUUUGCUGCAUCUCUUACGAUAUUUGAAAUAUUUAAAAGAAAGGCUAGCCUGCUAUCACAGAUAUCAAAAAUAUGCAGUAACUACUGAAAGUUUUUCCACGUGAUAUAAAGAAAGCAUUUAUAUUGUACAUUAAUAUCUAAUAAUGUAAAUAUAUACAUCUUAAGGAAAUACAUACUUUUGAAAUAGAAUUCAAUAUGCUUUGGUAUAAUUGAAAAUAAUGGAAAAAAAACUAAGCAAAAAGAGCCAUCGCAAACAAAGGAAAGCAUAUCAUAGGCUUCUUAGAGAUAUGGAUAUUAAAUGCUGUGAUAAUCCUACGCAGUAUGUAAUGAUUUGCAAUGCUGGAUUAGUGACUGGAUUACAAAGGAAAGCUUUGCAAGAUGUAAUAGAUCCAUUUGUUGACAAAUAUGAUUUAAUAAUGCCACUAAAUAAAUCGUAUUGCUUUAUUAAAUUUUAUUCAGUAGAAAAUGCUACAUAUAUACAUAAUAAAAUUCAUGGCAACAUUAAUAUAAAUGGACAAAAUACACCAUUAUAUGCAACAUUCACAGAAUCAGUUCCUGACUUAAAUUGUGAAUGGAGUUCAAAUCUUCCUCCUGGACUUAAAUUAGUAGAGAAUUUUAUAACAAAAGAUGAUGAAAAUAUGUUAUUAAGCACAAUUAAUUGGUGUAAUGAAGAAUCAUCUGACUUAAAGCAUAGGAAAGUUAAACAUUUUGGAUAUGAAUUUCAAUACAAUUCAAAUAGAGUAGAUCCAGAUAAACCUGUUACACCUAUACCUAAAAAUUAUCAAUUUUUAAAAACACUAUUCAAAAAAUAUCAUGAUGUUCCAUAUGAAUAUGAUCAAUUAACGAUUAAUCAUUAUUUACCUGGUCAAGGUAUUCCUCCACAUAUUGAUACACAUAGUGCAUUUGAAGAUAGCAUAUUAUCAUUAUCAUUGGGGUCCCCAUGUAUAAUGGAUUUUAAACGAGAAAAUGAAAAAGUUGCUGUUCUUUUACCUCCACGUUCAUUAUUAAUUAUGUCAGGAGAAGCUCGUUAUGCAUGGUCACAUGGAAUUUGCCCCAGACAUAAUGACAUAGUAAAAACUUCAAGUGGAGUGACUACCCAACCACGGGGAACAAGAGUAUCCUUUACAUUUCGAAAAGUACACAAGGGUGAUUGUUGUUGCAACUUUUCAGAAUAUUGUGAUACGAAACAAAAUAAUGCUACUACUCUUAUUGAUAGUAAAAUAGCUCUAGGAAUAGAAAAUUCUUAUGUACACGAUGUUUACGAUAAAAUCUCAAAUCAUUUUGAUGAAACAAGGCAUAAACAAUGGCCCAAUGUAACAAAAUUCCUUCAAACUUUAAAUAUAGGUGAUAUCUUAUUAGAUGUAGGAUGUGGAAAUGGCAAAUACCUUUAUCAAAAUACACAUAUAUUUAAGGUUGGGUGUGACAGAAGUUACAAUUUAAUGAAAAUAUGUCGGAAUAAAGGUUUUGAAGUAUCCCUAUCUGACUGUUUACACUUACCCUAUAAGGAUAAUAUUUUGGAUGCAAUAAUAUGUAUAGCUGUAAUUCAUCAUCUCUCGACCCGUGAACGAAGAAAACAAGCAAUUUCUGAAUUAGCAAGAGUUCUUAGACCAAAUGGAAAAUGUUUAAUUUAUGUAUGGGCAAAAGAACAAGAAAAGGAUUCUAUGCAGACAGCUUAUUUACGAUAUAAUUUAACUAAACAGAAAAAUAAUAGUUCAUGUACACAAAAGUUAACAGAAUAUGGUGUCACAUUACCUGUACACGAAAACCGUACAAAAUUUACAUGCAAGGAUAUGCUUGUUCCAUGGAAAAGAAAGGGAGGAGGCAACUAUCUUAGAUAUUAUCACGUGUUUGAAGAAAAUGAAUUAUCACAAUUAUGUUCAGAAGUACCAGAUCUUGUAAUAAAAGAAGUGUAUUAUGAUCAAGGGAAUUGGUGUGUAAUUUUACACAAAAAAAGUGAAAUAAAUUGAUGAA